GGAGCCCACCACAACAAACUUUUAUUUCAUGCACAUGGCUUGAACUUCCUUGUCAGAAUAAGACGUGUAGACGUCGUAACAAUGAUUCUGUGGCGCGGCGAAGUCGUUUUGAUGUUGUUGCUGCCGUUGUGUGCCUUAUCGGAGGAUGAUAACGAGCGAGUAAAAACUCCCUCGCUAUGUGAAGUAUGCAAGUUUUUGACAGUGGAGUUAAAAAAUCGCCUUCAUGAAACUGGCAAGUCAAAAGAGGUUCUAAAGACAGGUCAAGGUUUAGACAGUAAGAGGAAAAUCAAAUAUCAGACAUCAGAGCUGCGUUUGAUUGAAGCUCUCCAAGAGCCUCAUGUAUGUGAGAAGAUUCUAGAGUACAACAUCCACGCUGAGAAGGAGGGCAGUAAGCGGUACGCCAAGGGCCGGAGUGAGACGAUGGAGACCCUGCAUGGCCUGGUUGCCAAGGGUGUGAAAGUGGAACUGGGGAUGCCCUAUGAGAUGUGGGACAAACCAUCUGCCGAGGUCACACACAUGCAGAGAAAGUGUUUCUCCAUCGUCGAGGAUUAUGAGGAUGACAUUGAGGCCUGGUACUACCAUCACCAGGACCGCGACUUGACCCAGUAUCUGUGCGAGGAGAGGGUGCUGCAGAAAGCUGAUGCAGGUUGUCUGAAUGAAGCAGUAGAACCCAGGAGUGGAUCGAAGGCCAGUAAAGGAGAUCUGAAGGGCGACACAGGCUCGGCUGAUGACUUGUCCAAUGAGAUUCCUGUAGUCAAUGACGACAACCACGACGAACUUUGACCUUGGUCACCCCCUGAUCGUGCAGCAUGUCAAUCUUCUGAAACCAUUUUAUGUGAACUGUCCUUGAGUGUUUGUGAGAGUGGUAAAAGAGGGUACAGGUAAUGGUGGCAGUGUUACGAUGAAAGUAGACUCACACGUCUUUUACCCAAUACAUUUACAGUAAACUGUGGUUAGCACUCAAAGGGAGCACUAAUUCUAGUUCCUUAUAGCCGUAGUGUGCUUUAAGCAAAUAUACAGCAAAUGACCGGGACAAAAAAAACAGGUUUGUUAUGUCCGUCAGUUUAUUGUAAGCGUGUUAGUUAUAAACGUAGUUUACUGUAUAUUUCUUUGGACAAACAGAUGAUGGUGUAAUUUACGAUUCCUGCAGAAUCCUUAGUAGUAUGAUGGUCCGAUACUGGCUUUCAGGGCCCUGUUCCACAAAGCCAUCGCACCGCUGAUCAUAACUCCCCUACUUUAACACAGACUUACGACAGUCGUAGCGUUACAAUCAUUUGUGGAAGGGGGCCAUGCUCAGAACCAUCUACUGAGUAUGAGUGAUUAUUGUUAACACUGCAUCAGUAAUCUUGCAGCUCUUCCCGGCGAAAACCUUAGUACGAAAGUACUGAAACCUUUUUUUAAGGUCCCAAUUCACUUUGAGUUAACAAGUUUGCUUGAAAUAGAUCACUUAUUAUUAUUCUUGAUAAGAAUGUUUUUCUGCUCUAAAAAUGUUUCCCAAAAGAUGUUGCGUCUGCUUGAUAUGCAACAUAUAAUUAUGUAAGAUGUUAACUGUCAAGAUUCCUUGGCCAGUUCACCUGUGGUUGUUAGUGCCCCAUGUAAGUGUAUCAUCAACACGUCCACAUAAGACCAAAGAUAAAGCUUGACGUCAUCAUGAUCAGGCCUGUUGACAUCAGAAGUGUUUUACUGUUAGGUAGUUGUACUGAAGCCAUCUCAUCACAGGUCAAGGUCAUUCAUUCCAUAAUUCAGCUGUUAACUCAUACUUCAUCUUCAUUCAGCCUCUCACACCCCAUCUUCUUCCCCGGCAAGUAUUACCAGCUAUUGAGUGAGUGAGUAAGGUUUUACGCUGCUUUUAGUAAUAUUUCAUCAAUAUCACGGCGGGAGACACCGGAAAAUGGGCUUCACACAUUGUACCCAUGUGGGGAAUCGAACACGGGUCUUCUCUUCUCACUGGAUUCUCAGACUCAUAAUGUACAGAUUACCAUCACAUGGCUGCAAUAUUGCUAAGUGAACAUUAAAUAACAAACCAACCAACCAUGGGGCGAGGCUUUGGUUGUUUUUUGCAGUAAGAGAUAUUGUUAAAACAAUAAAAUAUGUUCAGUAACAUGGAGCUUGACCAUGAAUUUGAAGAAUACCAUCCACCGAUCAUAAAAAUGUUCAAGCAACUUUCGAGUUGUCAGAACUACAAUACUGUCAAUGCGACAGUAAGCAGCCAGUAAGAUACAUGAUGCAUCUGGGUACAAGUACACAUUCCUGGUAUUCCAUUAAACUUCAUUCUGCUCUCCCCUGAUCCUGAUCCCCAUUUGCCAGAGUCACCCUGAUGUGACAAAAACUGGGGACAUGAAAGAACUCAUUUCAAUCUCAUUAAAAUCAGAUCUUAGUUCUCGCUACGGCUAAACAAAGAUCUGAGGACAUCCCAUUACGGGUCACGUCAGACUGACCUUGCGCAAACUUUGACCGACCAAUGGAAUGACCAAU